AUGUUUUCCAGCUUAGGCGCUGCCUUGUCGGGGGAUGGCGACGCAUGGGAUGUAUCGGCACUCAACCAUCUCGACUCCUCUGCAUCGGGGCGAAGCCCUGUACGUAGUUUCCCUCCAAAGGCAUUGCGUGUUCAUCCAUGCAUAUCCGUUCUUCUAGCAGGCUUGGCCUCCGUUGCAGCAGUCACCAUGCUAAUAUCCCUCUGUAGUGCGAGCCAGAGGAGGUUGGCUUCGAAGGGCCUCCAUACCCGCCAGCUUUCAGAUGAAGGCAAUUCCAGCUCUAAUCUUACCCCGCAGUGUGUUGUUUAUUCGAGAUCAAGUAGUAUGUCAGUUUCGCCUCCUCAGAGGAAACUGCCGCUGAAAAAGCGGAAGCUGCCGGUGGCAGAGGGCACGGCGUUGGGCAUAGGAGAAGAAGAGUGGAUCAGUGGUCCUUCAGGCUCCCCAACCCCAGUCUCAUCGAAUUCGCUACUUCGGGAACUUCCUCCAAGACCAUCGGAAGCUCCUGAUUUGCUCCACGGCAUGCAGCGAAUUGCUGACCAGAACACGCGAUAUCCUACUCCACCACCGAUAAGCCGGAAAACAUGGCUAGACGCAGGAUGCAGUGGCGUCGACCAUGUAGGCAUCCGGAUGUAUCCCAGCUUUCCAUGCUCUAGUUCAUCGCUGUCGAUGCUCGAAACGAUUCCGGGGACGCCAUCAGGCACUCCGGAACUUCCAUCAUUAUCUGCCACUCUUCUGCUACCGGAGGGAUUUCCGAUUCCACAGACACCCAUAUUUAGGGGAGUAUCGGAAGUGGGGGCAGGUUAUGGCCAAUAUAUCCAGCAAACAUCUCUAGGCUCCUCGGGCCCAAGUAAUUCGCAGUCGGCUUUUUGGACAAUCCUGGGAGGGAGCGCUCGACGUUCGACUCAAUCGUUAUCGUCGCCCCUUGAGCAAGUGAGACACCAGCACAAGAAGGGACCAUGGUCCCGAUGGGAUCAAUGGACUAAGGAAGUGUUGCCACGGGGAGGAGGUUAUGAUUUACCGUGCCACAAUCCUGCCGCUUCCGGCCCUAGCAAACGGCAUCCAACGAGUAAUGCACUGCCAACGGUUCACUUUGGAGCUUUAGCGCCGGGACCUUUUCCGUUCUUCCAUCUUUUGGCAAGGCAGACAACGAUACAUCCACGCGUGGCCGAGGCGGGUCCUCCAGAAGAAAGAUCAACGGAAACCCAAAUGCAAGAACGGCUAGAUCAGAUUCCAAGGCCUCAUGGUGUACAUUCAGCAACAAGCGUGGUUACACCGGGAGAUAAGAUCGGAAGGGAAUGCAAAAGCAACUCGGGCAGUGAAGCGGAAAAUGCUCUGGAGAUUAAGACGAGCUCAACAGAAGAAGAUAAGCGCGAAGCUAAGCCACCUGGACCAAUACAGUCCCUUCAGAGUUUAACUUCGUUUUCCCCGGAUGUUUCCGGUUGGUUACCGCUAGAAUUUCGUCCCACAAUGGCCCUGCCUCUUGAGGAUUCUGAAUCUCAAGUUCACCUAUUUUUCCGCCAGCCGGUACUGUAUCCUCCAAUAGUUUUGAGGCCAUUCUGCGCAGCAGCUGCCUUCGGCUUUAGGCCUGUGCCCACAGACCCAGUCCCCCUACUGGAACAAUCGCGCAGGAUUCUUAGGCUGUCUAUUAUUACUCCUGAAGAUCUCGAAAGAUUAACUGCGAUAGCGGAACGGCUAGUUUCGUACGCGAUGGUUCAUCAGACGAAACCUUUGACUAAUUGCACUUACCUCCGUGCUCUUGAAGGCAUGGGGCUGCGCUUUAUGAUUCUCGACGCGGUUCUCUGCAUAAACAGUCUCAUCGACUUUUUCGGAGCAGUGCAUUUGACGGUUGGAGAACUGACGAGAGAAUUGCACACUGCGUGCAUGGAGGGGCGCCCAGAGGUAGUUGACUUGUGGUCUGGAAGGCGUACAUUGGUGCAGAAGAUCGUGGAGCUAUAG